AGGUCUCAUUUCCCUUCAUAUCCUCACACUCCAAACCCUUUUCUUUAGCAUUCAAAUCCAACAAAGAACCCUUACAACUAUGUUCAAAACUCAUUUGUUGAGCGCCUCCUCUCAUUCCCGCACCAUAUCUCAUUCCCCUUCAUCUCUCCGCACUCCAAACCCUUUCUUCAAUGUUCAAAUCCAACAAGGAACCCCUUGCAACUAUGUUCGAAAGUCAUUUGUUGAGCACCUCUUCUCCAACACAAUUGCUCAUCUUCUCAUUGAGCACUCAAAGACUUCUUCUCUCCAGAACAUGGUUUUUCAACAUUAGAGAGCAGUAAGGGUUUGAUUUGCAAGUGAAGGUGAGGACAAGCGGCCUAUGGUGGGUUUCGUACAAUGUCAUUUUACUCUUGAGGAGGAUAUUGUUGUGGCUUAGUUUGUUCUUCUUGAUUGCACAUCUUUUUCUAAUAUUUGUUGCCUUUUAUUUUAAAUUGAAUUUAAUUUGAUUUCUUUGAGGAUUUUUUUUUUUCGUAGAAUCAGAUAUGGGUCUUUUGAUGUUAACUACUUUGUAGGGGAGUUCAUUCUAAUAAAAGGGAAAGGGAAGU